AUGCACCGGAUGUUCCUUCCGCACGCAGCCAAACUGAACAUCCAAUUUGACACGUUAUGUGGGCAAGGACUCCUCCAGGGGCUCAAACCGGGCCACUCCAAAUCCGAAUCGUGCCUACUCCCUCCAAAAGCAGGAGCUCAUCCCCCUAAAUUAUCCCAAGCUAUGCGAGUCUUAGCUAACGCUGAAUUAUCUGAAAAAGUUGUAAAGGUUGAGGAUUAUGGAUUUGGAAAGCAACUUGACCGAUCGUCGAAGGGUCGAGGCAGGUUGCCUGCCCCAGCCUGCCCCUCCUCUCCCCUCCUGACCCUCCUCUCCCCUCCUGACCCUCCUCUCCCCUCCUCUCCUUCUCUGAACAGCUCUGAACAUGUUUCCACUGUGCUUCAACAAGUCAACAGUUCUCCCAUCGGCGCUACGGGCUCCAACCGGCUCCCCAGCAUCAUUCGUUGCUACAUACAUAGCUUCCACAGCGCCUCAGCCUUCAGCGGAACAUGUCUGAUGCCAGGUUUCUUGGCAUUGAUUCUCAAUGCAGGCUUUCUGUAUCUUGUAUCAUUAAAAUUUCAGCUUUCUGGUGUUCACAAACCUGGUAUAAUUCCAAAUUCCACCAUCAAUAAUUUGGGUGGAUUUUGA